AUGAUUUGAGGUCCUCCGUUUGCCGUUUACCGUUUGUUAGCUGACUGCUUCUUCCUGGCCAAAAUCCAACCACCGGCAACUGAAGCAAUAGCAGCAGCAACAACAACAGCAGCAGCAACAACAGCAAGAGCAAGAGCAACACGCAACAGCAACAGCAGCAAUCGUUGCUGCGACGACAAAACUCCUGGUGCACAUUAUUUCUGGCAACAGUUUAACGUGGAAAUUAUUGCGAAUUUGUUGUGUUGUUGCGCGUGUCAUUCAGGGGCGAGAAAUAAAAACAAAAGACUUGCCCGCGACAGUGCAACUUUGCGGCAGCAACUUGCAACCUGUCGGGAUUUCAGUCUUCAUUUUUUUUUGGUUAGUGAUGGGUGGUUUCUGCGAGGGGCCUUUUGCGAAGACAAUGUCCAAUUAGCGUCGACACCAGCAACUUGCAACCUGCAAUCUGCAAUCUGCAAUCUGCAACUUGCAACUAGCAACAAGUAUUGCAACAGGAAAGUCACAAGAAGCCAGUGUUGAGCGAAAAUGCCGCAGAGAUCGCCGUUUGCCAUUCAGGAGCUUCUGGGCCUGGCGGUGGCAGCUGCCACAACGGCCUCGACCGGUGCAGCAGCGGCAGCAGCAACACCUGAAACAGCAACCGAUCUGACAACAACCACUGCAACAGCAACAGCAACAGCAACAGCAACACCGGCAACUGUUGCAGCAACAGCAGCAGCAAAAGAGCGCCAAACUCCGACUCCGCCAGCGACAAAAACCACAACAGCAAGUGCAGAAGUUGCAGGUCCAGCACCAGCAGCAACAACUGCCACAGAGGCAGCAGCAACUAGUGCAGUGGCAGCAACAUCGUACAGUGGCGGGGCAGUGGAUGCGUUGAUGGAGCCUCAGCAGGGGCAGCCACAGGGGCAGCCGCACCACCAACAGCAGCACCACCACUACAGGGAGCACCACCAAAUGACGAUGGCCGCGGCCUCCCGAAUGGCUUACUUCAACGCCCACGCGGCGGUGGCGGCCGCCUUCAUGCCCCACCAGCUGGCGGCUGCCGCGGCCGUGCACCACCACCAGCAGCACCAGCACCAGCACCACCACCCGCACCAGCACCCGCACCCGCAUCCGCACUCGCAUCCGCACUCGCAUCCGCACCACCCCGCCCACCAUCCCCACCCGGGAGCCAUGGCAGCCGCUGUGGGGCCGCCGCCGCCGCCGCUGCAGCACCACCACCCCAACCACCCGCACCACCCGCUGCUACACGCCCAGGGAUUUCCGCAGCUGAAGAACUUCGCCGCAGGAUCCGGAACUUGUCUGCCGGGAUCUCUGGCACCCAAGGACUUUGGCAUCGAGGCUCUGAACGGCUUCGGGGUCGGGCCGAACAGCAAGAAGAAGAAAAAGAAGCGGCGGCACAGCCGCACGAUCUUCACCAGCUACCAGCUCGAGAAACUGGAGGAGGCCUUCAAGGAGGCCCACUACCCCGACGUGUACGCCCGCGAGAUGCUGUCCCUGAAGACGGAGCUGCCGGAGGACCGCAUACAGGUCUGGUUCCAGAACCGACGGGCCAAGUGGCGCAAGACGGAGAAGGUGUGGGGCGGCAGCACCAUCAUGGCCGAGUACGGGCUCUACGGAGCCAUGGUCCGGCACUCGCUGCCCCUCCCGGACACGAUCCUCAAGUCGGCCAAGGACAACGACACGGUGGCACCCUGGCUACUAGGUAUGGAUCAGAAAUGCAUGCACCGGAAGUCCAUCGAGGCCCAGUCCGCCCUCAAGGACGACUCGGGGGUGAGCGACCACGAGGACUCCGCCGGCUCCAAGUCCGCCCACUCGGAGGAGCUGCGCUCCCACUCGCGCGCCCUCAGCUCCUCCACGGAGUCCCUGAACGUGGUCAGCCCGGCGCCCAGCAGCUGCACCACCUCCGCCUCGACGGCGCCGCCCACCUCGACCACGCCCCACGGCAGCAGCGGUUACGCCGGGGCCGACACCCCCACGCCGGGCGGGGCCACCACCAACAGCUCGGGCAGUCCCCACAUCGAGCUCAGCUCCCCCUCGCCCCAGCAGCAGUUGCAGCACCAGCAGCCCUCCAUGGGCCAGGCGGGGCAGGUGCCGGUCCAGAUGCCCCACUACCUGGGCAGUGGCGCGGUCGGGGUCGGGGUCGGGGCCGGGGGAGUGUCCGCCCCGCCCAGCUACCAUCCGCUCCUGGAUGCGGCCAAUGCCGCCGGCGCAGGAGCCGCCGCCUCCAGCAAGGACUUCCAUCUGAUCAUGAACACGGCCGUGGCAGCAGCCGCAGCGGCGGCCCAGCAGCAGCAGCAGCAACAGUCGCAUGUUGCAAGUACACCGCCCGGCUUGCACGCCCACCACCUGGCUGCCGCUCUAAUGGAACACGAUCCGGACGCUUUCAGGAACAACUCCAUCGCCUGUCUGCGGGCCAAGGCCCAGGAGCACCAGGCGCGUCUCCUGAACAACGGAGGACUCUUCCUGCAGGUCCGCAGCUUCGCCGCCCACGCCCAGGCCCAGGCCCAGUCGCAGUCCCUGGACAUGCUGAAGGUCGGCGAGGGUCCUGGCCAGAGCGCCUCCCAGUCGCUGGCCAGUGCCGCGGGAGGAGCGCCCAGCAUCAAGCUGGAGCUGGCCGGCGGAGGGUCCUUGGCCGUGGCCGGCGAGGAAGUCUGACAGCGGAAGCCGUAGGGCCCUGAGACCGAUCCUGUCGGCCGGGAGGACCAGAGUGCACCACGCCCCGUCACUUAGAACCGCCCCUGCCUCAUUCCAAGACACUCCAAGACACACCCAAGAACACACUCCGAAACCAAAUCAAAGAGAAUCGAAACCAUUUUUUUUACGAGACCUAAGCAUAAGAUCCAGUAACCGCGAAUUUCAGAGAUAGACACUACAAGUAAGUUUAUUUUAGCUGUAAAGUCACAGAGAUAGUAUUUUAAAUAGGUACUUAAUCGAGAGCCCAUUUUUUUUUCAAAUCUAAGUUGAGUGAAAAUGUAUGCUACAUUUCGAAUGGAAGGAAUAAAAUUAAAAUAUAUAAA